CGAUGACCACCAGAAGAGAUUAGAAUCACCGGUCGCCACCACAGGUCAGCUCCGACGUAUCAAUGUCUGAACUUUGAGCUGAGAGCAAAGGAAGCCUUCUUUCACUCUCAGGCGCCGGCGAAUGCCCUUAAACCCUCGACGAAGAAGCCUCUCUCCUCCUCCCGCCGCUUCCUCCCAGUAAAUUUGGGGGUGUGAUUGUCCAGAGAAAUGGCCAUGAAAGCGCCGCCAAUUACCGGUUUGAGCUUGGCUUCACUGCCACCUUCUACCCGGAGGCCCUCCGCCGUGGCCUUCAGAUCGUCCUUCUUCAACAGCCCCGCAGGGGCAGGGCUUCGUGUUGGUGGGGUGAGAGUUGCCUUUUCGGAUAGGCUAAGAUGCAAUGGCCAUCGUGGAGGUUCCCUCGGGGCUGGGAUGAAUCUAUUCGAUCGGUUUGCCCGCGUCAUUAAGUCUUAUGCAAAUGCCAUUAUUAGCUCGUUCGAGGAUCCAGAGAAGAUCUUAGAACAAGCUGUACUCGAGAUGAAUGAUGAUUUGGUCAAAAUGCGUCAGGCAACUGCCCAGGUUCUAGCAUCCCAAAAACAGUUACAGAACAAGUGUAAAGCUGCAGAGAAUGCUUCUGAAGACUGGUAUAAACGGGCCCAACUGGCUCUCUCAAAAGGUGAUGAGGAUCUCGCAAGGGAAGCACUUAAACGCCGGAAAUCGUAUGCUGAUAAUGCAGCUGCUUUGAGAGCUCAGCUGGAUCAGCAGAAGACUGUUGUGGACAAUCUUGUCUCAAACACAAGGCUCCUGGAGAGCAAAAUUCAGGAGGCAAAAUCAAAGAAAGACACCCUCAGAGCACGUGCACAGUCUGCAAAGACUGCGACUAAAGUGAGUGAGAUGCUGGGGAAUGUUAACACAAGCAGUGCUCUUUCUGCAUUUGAGAAGAUGGAGGAAAAAGUUUUGGCCAUGGAGUCUCAAGCUGAGGCACUCAACCAAUUAACAUCUGAUGAUCUUGAGGGGAAGUUUGCAUUGCUGGAGAGUUCGUCUGUGGACGAUGAUCUCACAAACUUGAAGAAAGAGCUCUCUGGAGCCACGAAGAAGGGAGAUCUUCCACCGGGGAGAAGUGCUGUAGCGACAAACUCGAGCUUCCCAUUUCAGGACUCUGAAAUCGAGAAGGAGCUGAACGAACUGAGGAGAAAAGCAAAGGAGUUCUAGACGGGCGUAUGCUUCUGCUUCUUUCACCAUGUUCCAUUUAUAGAGUGAAAUACUGUCUCCCUACUACCUGGUAAUGCUUUCUUUCUGUCUGCUGGGAAGAUAAUGUGAAACGGGGAGUUCGUGCCUUGUCUAGGAGUCAAUCGGUUAGAAGCAAGAUCUACUCAUGGUCCUGGAAAAAGAAGUGUUAGCUUCAAGAUUUUCGAGUUAAUUUUUUUUAUGUAUGUACAUGAAAAAUCACAUGUAGUGAUAUAGACUGUACAAUUGACAUUGGGAGCUAACUUACCGCAGAUUUUUAAUAUUAGUCCCGAAAGAGGACUUCGUUGGUGACUAAUAUCGUUAUCGAAAGAAGUUGCAAA